CAAGAUAUCGCCAGUGAAAUUUCCCAGCUCAGAAAAUAAUCAAAAUGGCCGAUACUUGGACUCAUCUUGUGCGGUUCUACCACAACGGAAUCCCUACCUUUGGCCAAUUAGUCGACUCUUAUGAUGGCGGAGACCUUCCUGAUACAUUCAAGGUGAAGGUUGCGAGCGGUGAUCCAGUCAAUGCAACCAUCAAGUACACUGGCGAAACCGCCGAAGUGGUGAAGAAGGAUCUCCUGGCGCCGGUUGCGAACGUCCCGAUUGUCAUCAACGUUGGGUUGAACUACAGCGAUCACAUUGAGGAGUCGCAAUUCCAUCUUGCAGAUCUUGCCGCCCCAAUUCCUUACAUUUUCUACCGACCCACCGAGUCAAUCGCUGCGCCCUACCAGGAUGUCAGGGUAUACAAGGUGCAACAAGAAUGCCUCGACUACGAAGGCGAAAUGGUAUUCCAAACGGACAGGUUUCCCCUGAGGGAUAUUUCCGUGGAGGAAGCGUCGAAGCACAUCAUUGGUUUCUCAGUCGGAAAUGACUUCUCGCCUCGUCCUGGCAAAGUACUCGGCAAGAUGAAUUUCAUCUACUCGAAAGCCUUCGAUGACUGGACUCCAGUUGGGCCGGUGCUGGUGAACCCGAGCGUGGUGGGAGACCUGCCGCAGCUCGAUCUGAAAACCACAGUGAAUGGAAAGGUGAAGCAGUCGAGCAACACGAAGAACAUGAUCUUCAAUGUUGCCGAGAUUCUAUCGAACAUGUCUGUGGGCCAUACUGUUGCUCCCGGAACGGUCGUCUUCUCUGGAACAUGUUCCGGCGGUGAAUGGUUUGCGGCCCAGGGUAAGGGAGGUUAUAAAUCUGGAUUGGUAAACGGGGAUGUCGUUGAGGUCGAGCUUGCUAAGCUCGGCAAGAUCCGCACCAAGGUCGUGCUUGACGAGUAAAUAUAUCUAUCCGAAGCAGCUGAGAAAGCUCAAUCGUGAAUGUUACCACAUAGCUCAACAUGAGCUGCAAAUCAAUGAAUGGU